AUGGAAGAACAAAAUGAAGAAAUCGAAAAAACCGUUGAAGAGAAUGAAGAAAUAAGUGAAGAUGUUUAUGAAGAAUUAUUUUUAUUUGCAAGUAGUGAUAAUGAGGUUGUAAAAAAAGAGAGUUUAAGAAUAAUAUUAAGUUUAUUAGAAGAAAAAGAAUUUGUUGAUCAUAUAAUAAAAAAUAAUAAAAAAUAUUUAAAAACCUUAAUAUCAAGUUUGAAUUCAAGAUGUAAAUUAUUGACCCUCGAAUGUUUGUUAAAUUUAUCAGCACAAUUACCAAAGGAACUUACUGAGAGAAACUUGAUUGAGAUAUUAUUUGAUAUGAUGAAAGAAGAAGAAAAAAUAGAAGAAAAUUGUAUUGAUUUAUAUAUUAUGAUAAUAUCCAAUUUGACACGAUGUAAAGAAGGUGUUUAUAAAGUAUUAGAUAUAAAUGAUGAUAGUAAUAUAAAUAUUAAAGAAGAUAAUUUUAAGGUGAGUUUUUUUCUUAAUAAGUUAUUAUAUUUUUUUUUCUUACCUAUAAAGCCAUCAAUAAAUAAAAACUUAAGUGAUAAAUAUAUAUAUGUUUCUCAUGUAUUAAUAAAUAUAAGUUCAAUAAAAGAAAGUAUUGUAUUUUUUAAAAAUGUAGCUUUUCUAAAUAAAAUAAGUGAUCAAAUUUUAAAUGUAGAAAGAUUUAGAGCUAUAUUACCAUUUAUUAUAAACUUAUGUUUGAAUGAAGCUAUACAUGUAUAUAUUUUUCAUGAUGAUUGUUAUUUAUUUCCAUAUGUCCUUUCUUAUUUAUAUACCAAUGAAUAUAAUAUAACAAAAAAUGCAUCAUAUAAUAAUACAAAUAAUAAUGAAGAUUUUAAUACACAAAAUAUACACCACAUUAUUAUGAACAAGUCAUCUAUAUUAGUACCUUGUUCGAUUAUAAAAAGUAGAAUCUUAAUUAUCUUAUUUUAUCUUUGUAACAGAGAUUAUUCACGAGAGAAACUUCUUAGUUAUGGAAUUUCUGACAUAUUAAAAAAUUGGAAGUCAUGUGAAAAAAAUGCAGAGUUCAUAGAUGAUAUAGAAAAUGUAACAAACAAAUUAAUCGAGGCAUCAAACCCUGGAGAGCCAAUAGCUACAUGA